GCUUCCUAUCAUUCAUUCCCACCCGCCAUGUCCUUUGCCAUCUCCGCGAGGCCAUGCCAACGUCUGCUGUCAUGUAGUCGUCGGAGGUACAGCUCCCUGGCGUCGCCCGUCAAAAUCUCCUCCAUCGCCGCCCCGCACACGGGCGAAAUCACCGUCGUGUCGCUGAACCGGCCCAAGGCGCGCAAUGCCAUCUCUCGCCAGCUGCUCGCCGAGCUGAAGGGCGUCGUGGAUCAGGUGCACAGCGAGGGCGCGAAGGGCUCGACGAGAGCGCUCAUUCUGACCUCGGAGAGCGACGAUGCGUUCUGUGCCGGCGCCGACUUGAAGGAACGCCUCACCUUCACCGAGGAAGACACCCGCCAUUUCCUCUCCACUCUCCGAAACACCUUCUCCCGCCUCUCCACCCUCCCCAUCCCCACCAUCUCCGCCAUCAGCAGCACCGCCUUCGGCGGAGGUCUCGAGCUUGCUCUGUGCACCAACUUCCGCGUCAUGGCUUCGACGGCAAUGGUCGGCCUGCCAGAGACGCGCUUGGCCAUCAUCCCCGGUGCAGGAGGGACCUACCGUCUUCCUGCAAUCAUUGGAGCCAGCAGAGCGCGAGACAUGAUUCUAACCGGAAGACGCAUCUCGGGCGAGGAGGCAUAUUUCAUCGGGCUGGCAGACAGGAUUGUACAGAUCACAGAAGAUGAGAUCAAGAACGGUGCAGGAGUUGCACGUGGGAAGGUCUUUGAACAAGCAGUGGAAAUGGCCACGACAAUCUGCGAAGGUGGACCAGUCGCUAUUCGUGCUGCCAUGCAGGCUGUGAGUGGAUGGGAGAACGGCGAGGCCAGCGAGAAUGCUGCCUAUGAUCUCGUGCUCCCGACGACUGACAGGACAGAGGCAUUGAAAGCAUUUGGGGAGAAGAGAAAGCCGGAGUUCAAGGGAAGGUAGAAACAGUCUGCGCCCGCGGAACCUGUCUUGAGGCUGGCUUUCAAAAGGCCGCGACAAUUGCGGAAUUGAUGUGAUCAUAGACUUGACGAUACAUUACCCCAAUGCCUUGACCGCUAUCCAAACUGGCAUGCAAC